AUGAGAACAGAAGCGAUACCACGUCAAGAUGCAGAUUCAGAUGCUCAUAAUUCUGAUGAAAUCACUGAUCAUGAAAACCCAAGCAUUGAAACAGCAGUUGGAAUUGCAGAAUUUCAAGAUGAAACUCCGCCGAAGAAAUCCGAUGAGAAAUCGCCGGUCGACGCUGGAAGAAUUUCAGAUAAGAUUGAAGUGAGGAACCUAUUGGAAGAACAAGCGCUGAUUGACUCGACUCUGGAGGGAUGGAGAUUUCAAAUGUGUUUGAGCUUAUUUUUAUCACAACUAGAAGCUAAAAUUGUCAGCACCUCCUUAGUAUCCAUCACGGAUUCUUUACGUGCAUUUAGUAUAAGCAGCUGGGUGGUGACAGUAUAUCUUUUGACGUAUACCGGCAGGUGA